AUGCUGCUGCUCAUGGAGUUUUCUGUUGUGGAAGUAGAAGGGACAGGUUUCAGGCUGUUUUCAGGUCCAGAAUUUGUUAUUUUAUCUAGUGAACCACCAGUGACCUUACAGCUGCCUGGAUCAAUUGUGACUAAAAAAGGGAAAUCCUAUUUGUCCCAAAGGGAUCUCAAUGUGAUUCUACUCAACGGGCAGUGCCUUGAGGUGCAAUGUGACAUCAAGUCCAAGGCAAGAGAUGUUUUCAACACCGUGGUGGCGUAUGCAAACUUGGUGGAACAUUUCUACUUUGGCUUGGCUUACCUGAAAGGUAAAGAAUUCUUCUUUUUGGAUGAGGAGACCAAACUGUACAAAGUGGCCCCAGAUGGCUGGAAUGACCAACCCAAGAAGAAAACCUCCAUCAUUAAUUUCACACUCUUUCUAAGGAUAAAAUUCUUUGUCAACCACUUUAAUGUUAUCCAGCACAGCUUGACAAGGCAUCAGUUUUACCUGCAGCUUCGUAAAGAUAUUUUGGAGGAGCGAUUAUAUUGCAAUGAUGAGACUGCCCUGAAACUCGGCGCUUUGGCUUUACAGGCAGAGCUUGGCAAUUACGCUUCUGAGAUGCAUGGAAAGAGCUAUUUUCGUGUUGAAGACUACAUUCCAGCAAGCCGAAUAGAGAAAAUGACCCUGGCGUAUGUACAACGAGAGCUUGCUAAAUUACAUCGCAUGAAUCGUUCCCUGUUUGAGGAUGAAGCUGAACUAGAAUUUUUAAAGGUGACUCAGCAACUUCCUGAAUAUGGAGUGUUAUUCUACCAUGUGUCCCAAGAGAAGAAAGGAGCAGGAGGGGACAUCAUCCUGGGAAUCUGUGCCAAAGGCAUCAUUGUGUAUGAGGUCAAAAAUCACACAAGAAUUGCCAGUUUAAGAUUCCAGUGGCGUGAAACAGAGAGAAUUUCAGCUCAUAGAAAAAAAUUCAUGAUUGAAAGCAGCUUCAGUGGCAAGAAACACACCUUCAUUACUGAUACAGCAAAGACAUGUAAAUAUCUACUGGACCUCUGCUCUGCCCAGCACAAAUUCAAUGCACAGAUGAAUUCUAGGCAACUUCGGCAAACUUCAUCAGAGGAAAGUAAAUUUAUGGAAAUAGACAAAUCAAAUUCCACAUAUGCAGCUCAGCGUGAACACCUUGCCCUGAUUCAGAGGCUGUCUCGUUCAGAGAACGUGCUCUAUGGAGCAAAUCUGGAAAACCUUUCUGCUGGGAUGAUGAGCAAAUCUUGUGAUAACCUCAGUGUGGAAACCAACAACAGGACUAGAGACAAAAGCAAUCUUGGCAGAUCCACGUCAGGGCUAUCCCAGUCAGAAAUGCACAUCAAUUUGAAUGGAAAGCAAAGGAGUUAUGACUACCUCUCUAUCCACUCAACUCAGAACACAAUCAGUGCGCCUGGAUCACCAGCCAUCCAGAAGGAAGUUUUGCUAAGUGGUCUAGAAAGAGAAAUCAUUUGUGUCAGCCUAAAACGUGACCCUAAGAAUGGAUUUGGUUUUGUAAUUAUUGGAGGAGAAAAUGUAGGAAAAUUAGACCUCGGUAUCUUUAUCGCUUCAAUUAUCCCUGGGGGACCUGCAGACAGAGCUGGAAAUAUCAAACCAGGAGGACGACUCAUCUCUGUGAAUAAUAUUAGUCUCGAGGGCGUUUCAUUUAAUACUGCAGUUAAAAUCAUACAGAAUUCUCCCGAUGAAGUGGAGCUCAUCAUCUCUCAACCCAAAGACAUGUAUGAAGGAGGAUUAAAUGAAGAAAAGAAUCUAUCAAGAGGAAACAGCACUAGUGGAUCUGAGAUCUCUUGUGUAGACAGUGGGAGAAAAAAGAUUCAGGAUUGCCAUACAGCUCUCCCCAAAGAACAGGACAUAAAUAUAGAUGAACUUGAGCAGGCUCUUUCCUGGAGUUUAUCACCAAAAUUGGGCCCUAAGAUUCCAGUUCCUUCAGCUGAUAGCCUGGAUGUGGAGGAAGCUGAUUCUUUGCACUUACCAUCUCCAUCUGAAGCCAACUCAAAGGAAAUCUAUACUGUGGAGCUUGUUAAAGAAGACGGGACUUUUGGAAUCAGUGUGACUGGUGGAAUUAACACUAGUGUGCGUCACGGUGGGAUAUACGUGAAGUCAAUUAUUCCCAGGGGACCAGCAGAUAAGGAUGGACAAAUAAAGAUAGGUGAUCGUCUGCUGGAAGUAGAUGGCAUCAGCCUCUGCGGCAUCACCCACAAACAGGCUGUGGAACACCUUAAGAAAUCUGGCCAGAUUGCCAAGCUGGUUCUAGAAAGGGGAAACUACCAAUUGGCAGAGCCAUGCCUGACGGCUAGUGACAGAAAGGAGGACCAAUGUGCAGUUGUUUCUGUGGCAACAUCCUUCACAGAUGGCACCAAAGGCUACUGCUUUUUGACAGAUGAUAAUACAUUUGAAGUGAAAUUGACAAAGAAUUCCGGAGGCCUCGGCUUUAGUGUUCUGCAAAUGGAAGGAGAUGCUUGGGAACACCUUGGAGGAGCUAUUGUCAGGAUCAAAAGACUGUUUCCAGGGCAGCCAGCUGAAGAGAAUGGCAAAAUUGAAGUCGGAGACAUCAUUUUAGCUGUGAAUGGGAAACCUAUUCAAGGACUCUUGUAUCAGGAUGUCCUGCACUUGCUGCGAGGAGCUCCUCCAGAAGUCACACUACUAAUUUGCAGACCACCAAAAGGCGUUCUUCCGGAAAUAGAGCAGAGUGCCCUGACUCCAGCACCAUCUCCAAUUAAGGAGUUUGUGGCAGAAAUGCCAGGCAGUACAGAGGUAGGAAAUAGUAUGGAUCAGUCUACCAGUGAUGGAGGUAGCACCUCUCCAGACCUCGAAGACUGCCUGGAUUCUCCAGUGGCAGCAGAUUUCAGUGAGCCUCCUGAAGAGGACAGCUCAACUUACGAAGAGCAGGAAGCUGAGUUUCAAGAGAAGCCCAUACAGAAACUUAUGACUCCCAGGGAAAGUUUCUAUAAGCAUCUUCGGACGUUUCCUCAAGAAGCUGCCAGUUCUGAAGUCUUCCACUCCCUAGAGGAAGAAGUGAAGCAGAACUGCUACUCACCAUGUGAAUUUGGAUGGGCCAAAAGCCACAUAUUUAAUAAGAGUGAUGAUGACCUAUCGAACACAAAAUGUAUGCCUGAAACUCUCUCUCUAACCCCUAUUGAUGAAGAGUAUCUCACUAUCAGCUCAGCAUCUGUGACCUCACUUUCACGGGGAGGAAGCUCCGAGACACUCUCCACAACCAUGGUGACCCCACAACCACGUGUUUGUGGUCUUUUCUCAUCAUCCCUGCCUGCUAGAGAGACACAUGACAGUGACAAUGAAUGGGAAGACUUGGAGGAACUAGAGGAAGAGAAGGAAGAAAAGGAAGAUUGCACUAGGGAACUGGAGAUCUUUGUGACUUUGACGAAGUCAGAGAACAACGGUUAUGGAUUCUCUGUAGUUCUUAACAAAGUGGACAACUGCCUAUAUGUUGACGAAAUCUUGAAUGACCCUGCCCUGUCUGAUGGAAGACUAAGAAGGGGAGACAGAAUCAUUAUGGUGAAUGGAAUUGAUGUCACAUCUUUACCAUGCAAUGAAGCCCUGACUUUACUGCAAAGCUCUCCUCCUGAUCUGCACCUUGUGGUUGGUCGUGCUGACAGUGAUCCGCAUCCCUCUAUCAGGCCAGAUGAGAUUCCUGAAAUUACUCUCACAAAAGGUGCCAAUGGACAGCUAGGCUUGAAGCUGACAGGAGGAGCUGGAAGCAAGUUACAAGGUAUUUAUGUGCUAGAGAUAGUGCCUGGCUCUCCUGCCAGUGUGGAAGGCAGUUUGCAGCCACGAGAUCAGAUUGUUUACAUCUGUGGACUGUGGACUGAGGGCAUUAGCCUGGAUGACGCCGUGAGAGUGUGUGAAGCUGCCACCCAGAAUGUCCAAAUCAAAGCCACAAGAAAUGGCAAUCCAGUGGUUCCUAUAGAGCAGGAAAAUAAGAAACAUUUGGAGGAAACAAACUGUGGUGCUCAGCAAAACACUCCCGAUUCUCCAGACUGUAAGGAAUUCAUUAUUAAGGUUGAGCUGGAAAAAGCAGAAAAUGGAAGCCUAGGAUUUGCACUGGUAGGUGGAAGAAAUGGCAGGGCUACCCUAAUAAAAGCCAUCAGCCCGGACAGCAUUGCAGAUCUAGAUGGGAGGCUUCAAGUUGGUGAUAUCCUGCUUAAGGAUCCGGAAAGUACACACAAUUCCCCUCUGCAGCGUCAGCUGGCUGGACAAGACUAUAAGGAAAUCAUCAGUAACAUUUCAGACGGGUCACAGAAAUAUGCAGUAUGUGAAGGCUGCAGAAGAGAGAGUCAGCAGUCUGAGUCAGACAGCUGGAGCAAUGAAGAUGAUGAUAUGCCCCACAGGAUUUCUGUUCUACCUAGAAGCAGAACGUUUGCUUCUGGAGAUGAAUUGACUCAGUUAAUUAACUUUAAACCACCACUGCCUGGAGUAGGUCCAAGGACUGGCAUCACAGGUCUUAUCCGAAGCCUUCAGUUGCGGAUUGAGAAUCAAGAGGUGUUAAAGGAGUUUAUGGCUUUAGAACAUGUGAAACCAAUAGAUGAUUGCAGAACUGGCAAAGCACCAGAAAACCAGCAUAAAAACAGAGACCAAGAUAUUCUUCCAUAUGAUAGGACACGAGUUCCUCUGGGAGAAAAGAAUGGCUACAUUAACGCAAGUUACAUUAGAAUGAAAGUUGGAGAAGAGGAACUUUUCCAUAUUAUAACACAAGGGCCUCUGCCAUCCACUGUGGCUGAUUUCUGGCAAAUGGUCUGGGAGAGUGAAUCAGACAUGAUUGCCAUGAUGACAAAAGAAGUGGAGCUGGGGCAAGUCAAGUGCCAUCGAUACUGGCCUGAACCUCCCCGUGACUCUAUAGACCUGGCUAAUUUCCAUCUCAGGCUAGACAAUUACCAGAUUCUGGAAUACUUCAUAAUUAGAACAAUAGAAAUGAUCAACAAGCAGACAGAAGAGAAACGCAUUAUAAAUCAUCUGCAGUUUACCACUUGGCCAGACCACAAUACUCCCAAGCUGGCUGAGCAGCUUGUAAAAUUUAUUUGUUACAUGAGAAAAGUUCACAGUACAGGACCUAUUGUUGCUCACUGCAGCACUGGCAUUGGAAGAAGUGGAGUCUUGCUGUGCAUUGAAGUUCUUCUCAGCUAUAUAGAAAAAGAUCUAUGUUUCAACAUCAAGCAGAUAGUGAGAGAUUUAAGACAUCAGCGUUUUGGCAUGAUCCAAACUAAGGAUGAGUAUUUUUUCUGUUACGAAGUUGUGCUGGAAGUCCUUCAGAACCUUCAAGCAAUGGAUUCCUACUGA